AUGCCCACAAUCCCCAUCUUCAGCACCCUCUUCGGUACCUCAUCCGCUUUCAACACCAACAAAAAUACCAUGACAUCUUUCCCCGACCAGCGCACCCCAGACGAGUGGCGUGCCGUCCUUAGCCCAGAACAAUUCCGCAUCCUCCGCGAAAAGGGCACCGAACCCCCCUCCUCCGGGAAAUACAACAAGCACUACCCGUCCCAGGGCACCUACGCAUGCGCGGGAUGCGGCGCCCCGCUCUACAAGGCGCAGCACAAGUUCUCGUCGGGCUGCGGCUGGCCAGCCUACUUCGACAGCAUCCCGGGCGCCGUGGUGCGGCACGAGGACCGCUCGCACGGCAUGCUCCGCACCGAGAUUGUGUGCGCCAACUGCGGCGGCCACUUGGGCCACGUCUUCAAGGGGGAAGGGUUCCCCACGCCGACGGACGAGAGGCAUUGUGUGAAUAGUGUCAGUUUGACGUUUAGGGAGGAGGAGGAAGGGGGUGCGAGGGAAGGGGAGGGGAAAGCCGGCUGA